CAGGGGAGUGUCUUACGUUAUUAAUGCUGAGUGGCUCCAGCAACUACUGUGGUUUAAGGUCGUUAGUCAUCUGCCGCUACGGCAGGAGACGCAGCAGCGCUGAGCCAGAGCUGUUCAUCCAACCCCUUUGGUCCUCCCAGGCCAGCAGGAUGAGGGGGUCAAGGCAAAUAUUCCUUAAUUUAUUCUGCAUCCUCUGGCUCACGCUUCUGCUAAAGGCUGCCUCUUCCUCACCUCUCCCCCAUGGAAAUGACCCACCAGCCCCUUCGCUCCCCUCUGGGCUGUACAAAGGACACACCUGUGUUGGAUGCGUGCUUGUGGUGUCUGUAAUUGAACAGCUUGCACAGUGGCACAACAGUACAGUAAAGGCAGCCAUGGAGAGACUGUGCAACUACAUACCAGAAAAACUGCAAGGAUUCUGUUACGUACUUGCUGAACUUUACGGACCACACAUAGCUGAACUCAUAGACAAGGAAAUGAAUGCCGAUGUGGUCUGCCAUUCCUUGAAGCUGUGUAAACAGGAUCCAGGCCAACCACUUUGUCAUCUCUACCCUCCUCCCAAGGUGGGGCUGAGUACUGCAAUAAGGAAAGCAAAAAGGAUGAUGAAGACUUCCAAGGAUCUGAAGAGCUUCAUGGGGUUCUCAAGUGUAUGUACAUUUCCUCUUGUGGCUAACCUGUGUGAGAAGAUUAAACAUGUCAUAAGAAAUAAACUGCCUUUUGAAGAUUUCGAUGGGGAUAAAUUUAGCACUUUCCCAACAUUGAGGGGCUAUCACUGGCGAGGCAGAGACUGCGAUGACAAAAAUGCCACUGUGUACCCUGGCAGACGUCCUGAUAACUGGGAUGUGAAAAGUGACUCUAACUGCAAUGGCAUAUGGGGUGUGGAUCCGAAAGACGGAAUUCCCUACGAAGAGAAAUUCUGCGAAGGUGCAGACUCGCAAGGGGUCGUGCUGUUGGGCGACUCAGCCGGUGCUCACUUCCACAUCCCUCCCGAGUGGAUGACCGUCACGCAAAUGUCAGCGAAAUCGUUUUCUAACCUCCCAAUGGCUUUCACUGAUGAGUUUGACUGGCCCCAGUUCUCAGAGAUCACUGGAUUUCUAAACUCCACCAUCGGAGGCUGGACAGACUCUCUGUAUCUACGUUUACGCAGGAGAAAUCGCUGUAAUCACAGAGACUUACAGAACAUUUCCCAAAAUGGUGGUUCUUCAGGAAACCUCCGCUAUUUAAUAAAAAGCCUGGCCAGAAACCAGCUGUUGGACAAUCCAGCCAUAGUUAUCUAUGCUACAAUUGGGAAUGAUGUCUGCAAUGGGAACCGUGACACACUGGCUCACAUGACUACACCCAAAGAAAUGCUCUCCAACGUGGUGCAAGCUCUGCAAUACCUGGACUCCCAUCUUCCGAACGGCAGCCACGUGAUUUUAACAGGCUUGGUAGAUGGCCGCUUCCUCUGGGACAACCUCCAUGACAGAUACCAUCCUCUAGGGCAGCUGAACAGAGACAUCACAUACAGUCAAAUUUAUUCUUUCCUCGACUGCCUCCAGGUGAGCCCCUGCAGCGGAUGGCUGACCCCCAAUGAGACUCUCAGGAAUUUGACCUCAGAGAGAGCUUUACAACUUUCCAAUGUCCUGAAAGAAAUAGCAAGAUCUGAGAAAUUUGCCAACUUCGACAUUUUCUACAUGGAUUUCCCACUGAAACAAACGGCUGAGGAGUGGCAGAAGAUGGGAGGUGAGCCCUGGCAGCUGAUCGAACCAGUCGAUGGUUUCCACCCCAGCCAGAUUGCUGGAGCCCUUGGAACAAGCAUUACCUGGCAGAAGGCGUUACAUGAAUGGCCUCAAGUGCUUGGAAAGGAGAAUCCAUUCAACGAGCAGAUUGAAGCCAUAUUCAAAGAUCAAGGUGGACACUGACUUCCAGACUGCUAGAACCCUGACACGGUUUAUGGUGAUGCUUCCCACUGCAUUCCACAAAACAAGAUGAUUAAAGACACACAAAAAAAGGGGAGGGCAAGUUAUCAGAGCCAGUAGCAGUGGACAUAACACAACAGCAUUCUUUUCAGCUUGUAACUCACAUGCACAAAUAGGCUAUGCUUUUUCUGUGGAGCUACAAAAAUAAAAAUCAAAGGAUACCUGAUAGUUAGACCAUCUAUUGUACUGGUUUGCAAAUCUGUAUGAUUUUUUUUCCAUACAUAGUAAACUCCAAGCCCCACCAUUUUUUGUUUGUUCGUUUUUUCUUUCCCCUGCAGAACACUAUUUCUGGGCUUUCAGUUUGUACUGUUUCAACAGUUAAUCUGAUCCCAAGGGAGUGUGGGUGAACCCCAAACUCAUGAUGUUGCUAUAAAUUGUCUGUAUGCAAUUGCUCUGACUGUUAAUACAUUAUUUAGCUGCUAUUUGCUUUUUAAAAUGUGCCAGGAAUAACAAGCAUUCUGAUUUGCCUGGCAUCAUUAGUGCAGGCUGACUGAACACUUUGCUGAGUUCUCUUCCCCCAUUAAUGAGACAGUAACUUGACAACAGUAACUUGACAACCCUGUGUGUAUUUAAAACAGGUUGCUUUUUCAAGCUUUAGUAUAGCUUUACUCUUUUGCUUCCUAAUGAUAUGCCCAGUCCUGUGUCUUUCACGGGCAUGACCUAAGGAAUCACUGAAGAUACUGGGCAGCUGUUCCAUACACAGACUUGAAGGUUGAGAAUUACUAGUAGUUUAUUUUUCUCCAACUUAUCCAAUGCCCUUAGCAAAACAGAUGAAUAAAUUAAUAAAUACAUAGACAGCUCUACCCUACUUGGAGCCCUGCUGAAGGGAUCAGACAGCAUAAAAUGUCACUAAUUAUAUGUGGAAAAAAAUCUGGUAAAUAGAAAGUGUUAGCAAGAUAUGGCUAAACUCUGUCCAAAUCAGCCAAAGCUCAGGUAGAUUUGCUCUGCUUUUUGUUCAGAACAUGUUCCCUGUGUCUGGCUGGGUCACCCAUGUACCAGCUCCUGGGCUGUGGUCCAAGCUGAAGGUGAUGGCCUGGCCAUGUAUGGACCUCACCAUGCUGGCCAUGGCCACAGGAGAUGCAUCUGCUCAGCAUUUUGAAAAGGCAGAGGGUGACCUGGCAAAUACUAUUUCGAUUAAAGCGCGUAUUAUUUCUA